GAAGAGGCCGGGCUACGUCGUGCCCUGCGCGUGAGCAGCUGCAGCGGCAGAGGCAGCAUCCAGCGGCGGCGCCAGCAGUUCCAGUCCGUUGCUUUACUUUUUGCUUCACCGACAUAGUCAUUAUGCCGAAGAGAAAGUCUCCAGAGAAUACAGAGGGCAAAGAUGGAUCCAAAGUAACUAAACAAGAGCCCACAAGACGGUCUGCCAGAUUGUCAGCGAAACCUGCUCCACCAAAACCUGAACCCAAACCAAGAAAAACAUCUGCUAAGAAAGAACCUGGAGCAAAGAUUAGCAGAGGUGCUAAAGGGAAGAAGGAGGAAAAGCAGGAAGCUGGAAAGGAAGGUACUGCACCAUCUGAAAAUGGUGAAACUAAAGCUGAAGAGAUCCACAUCUCUCGCUCAACUGUUAAUGUCUCAACCUCCAGAGGCACCCCACCCAGCACACUGUCAGUAAAGGGGCAGAUUGAAACAGUGAGAGUUAAGGGCACAGAAAACUGAAUCUGUAGAUAACGAGGGAGAAUGAAUUGUCAUGAAAAAUUGGGGUUGAUUUUAUGUAUCUCUUGGGACAACUUUUAAAAGCUAUUUUUACCAAGUAUUUUGUAAAUGCUAAUUUUUUAGGACUCUACUAGUUGGCAUACGAAAAUAUAUAAGGAUGGACAUUUUAUCGUCUCAUAGUCAUGCUUUUUGGAAAUUUACAUCAUCCUCAAGUAAAAUAAAUAUCAGUUAAAUAUUGGAAGCUGUGUGUAAGAUUGAUUCAGCAUUCCAUGCACUUGCUUUAAAAUUUAGUCCUGUGCAUACUGUGGUGUUUUUACUGUGCAUAUUUGAAUUUUUCAUGCAGUUUUUCUAGAGCAAUAAUCAGUGGUGCUUUUGUACCUAGGUUUUAUGUGAUUUUAAUGAAACAUGGAUAGUUGUGGCCACCUGCUGACUAUUUGUGGUUUAAAAUAAAAGGUUUACUUGUCUGCAGAA